AUGAUCACACAAAUUCUAUUUGAAGAAGCUGACUUCUUCGGACCAGAUGCCCGAAAAAUCGCUAUAGAAGCGAAUUACGUCCCAUAUGUGCAACGGCGAGGACAUGGAACCAAAAGAAUCGGUAGACGACGUUCGAGAAGGUUCGACGAGGAGGACGAUCGCACAUUGCCGUGCGUGGAUCUUGUCAUGAGCCUCAUGCCGUAUGGACCAGGUGUGUCUUAG